GACCACGACUUUACAAUGCGACCAGGAUUUGGAGGGCCUGCAGUUCCAGUUGGAGUGGAUGUUCAAGUUGAAAGUUUGGAUGCUAUUUCAGAGGUCGAUAUGGACUUUACUAUGACCCUGUAUCUGAGGCACUACUGGAAAGAUGAACGUCUGUCCUUCAGAAGCAACAACAACCAGAGCAUGACGUUUGAUAGCCGCCUGGUGAAGAAAAUCUGGGUACCAGAUAUGUUUUUUGUCCACUCUAAGAAAUCCUUCACACAUGACACCACCACUGACAAUGUCAUGCUGCGAGUUUACCCCGAUGGCAAAGUCCUCUACAGCCUCAGGGUGACGGUCACAGCCAUGUGCAGCAUGGACCUGAGUCGCUUUCCUCUCGAUACGCAGACGUGCUCUUUGGAGAUAGAGAGCUAUGCAUAUACAGAUGAUGACCUGAUGCUGUACUGGAAAAAAGGGAACAGGUCUUUAAACACAGACGAGAGGAUUUCUCUCUCCCAGUUCCUCAUCCAGGAGUUCCACACCACCACAAGACUGGCUUUCUACAGCAGCACAGGCUGGUACAACCGUCUGUACAUCAACUUCACUCUGCGGCGUCACAUCUUCUUUUUCCUGCUGCAGACCUACUUCCCUGCCACUCUGAUGGUCAUGCUGUCCUGGGUGUCCUUCUGGAUUGACCGCAGGGCCGUCCCUGCCAGAGUGCCGCUGGGUAUAACCACAGUGCUCACCAUGUCCACUAUCAUCACUGGAGUCAACGCCUCCAUGCCCAGGGUGUCAUACAUCAAAGCUGUGGAUAUUUACCUCUGGGUCAGCUUUGUCUUUGUGUUCCUGUCGGUGAUCGAGUAUGCUGCAGUCAACUACCUGUCUACUCUACAAGAACGCAAGGAGAGGAAACUCAGGGAGAGGCUGCCGUGCACCUGUGGCAUGGCCCAUCCUGGCAUGAUGUCAGCCAGCUACAGCGAGGUGGAUGCCAACACGACAGGGAACUACGGCAUGCCAGCAGAGAACGGGGUGAAACAGGAGAGGAUGCUGGUUCAGUUGGCAAUGGAGAGCGAUCAGAUCACCGGCCAUGUUGGCUCCAGCGCCUAUAGCAACGUCUGGAUUGACACACAUGCCAUAGAUAAGUACUCCCGGGUCAUUUUUCCUGGAUCUUACAUCCUCUUUAACAUCAUCUACUGGUCCAUCUACUCCUAA